AGCAGAUCUCAUUCCCUCUUCGCAACAACAAAACCAACGACAACAGUGUUUAUCAUGGCAACAUUUGAAUUGUAUCGAAGGUCUACCAUUGGGAUGUGCUUGACUGAAACAUUGGAUGAGAUGGUGUCGAGUGGUGUACUUGGCCCUGAGCUUGCUAUCCAAGUACUCGUUCAGUUUGACAAGUCAAUGGCUGAGGCACUGGAAAAUCAGGUUAAGACCAAGGUCUCCAUUAAGGGGCAUUUGCACACUUACAGAUUCUGUGACAAUGUGUGGACAUUCAUUCUUCAAGAUGCUCUCUUCAAGUAUGAUGAAUCCCAGGAAAAUGUUGGUCGAGUCAAGAUAGUGGCAUGUGACUCGAAGUUGCUAGUCCAAUGAGACAUGUCUUGGUUCUGGUAAAUUUUAGUGUAGAACAAAAUAUGGGGUUUGUUCCUCUGUUGUAUUCUCAUGAAAUAGAGUGAAUUUGAAACAAUGUGCCCAGAAACUCGGUUGUUUGAUGCUAAUUCGUUUCAGUUUUUCACCGUUUCAAAAGUGAA